UCUCCUGCCGUGGGGAUGAAGGUCAAUCUCCUCUACAAGAAGCCGGAGGGCACUGUUCUUUUCCUCGAGGCAAAGAAGGACUUCGUCGAUCUCCUCAUGAGCUUUCUCGUGCUUCCGGUGGGGUCUCUGAUCAAGCUCCUGCGAGCGGGCAACACUGUGAAUUCCUUCAUGGAGACCGGUGCUGCGAGGCUGUUUGAGAGCAUCGAGAAGAUGGAUCAGUCGAGCAUGGAGGUUAGCAAGAGUGUUCUCACCAAUCCACCGCCGGAUGCUUCCGCGUUUCGGGGAGGAAAGAUCCUCGCCAUCAAAGGCUCGCAGUCGACUACUUCCCCGGUGUACUAUAAGUGUGGGCAUCCUAGCUGCUACAAUGUGAGGGCUGGCAAUGCAUCCUUUCAAUGCCAUCACUGCAGAUCUGUGGAGCUGACGAUGCUACCCAACGAAGAAAACUCCACCGAAACUGCUGGCUACGUGAAGGAGAAUGUGAUCUUCAUGAUCACUGACGAGCUCGAGGUGUACCCGACUUCGACCAUCAAGAGCAUCGUCCUGCUCAACAAGCUCAAGGUGAAAGCUAUGGCCGAUCUCGAGAGCAUCGAAGUCAGCGUGGGCGCUCAGGAGGCCUUGUCCCUGCUCAAGGCGUCGCUGGUUUCGAAGACUGUGCUCAACGACGUCUUUAAAUCUUACGUUUCAAAGCGAUCUUAUUAUCAGUUCUAGAUCAAUCACAAAAACCAUGUCAUGAUUUUAGAUUUCUCGUUCUUUUCUCGUAUAGUUUGUGCUAGUUACGUAAACACUA